GGUUAACAAAAAUAUUAUACGUACAACUUGGCUUUAAAAAAUCCAUAAAAAAAAAGAAACAACAUCCGGUUCGUGACAAUCUUGCCUAGAUUUUCUUUAAAAUAUCGUAUGACGCAAACUGAUGAAAUAAAAGUCGGCUCUAUCUAGGCUUAUUCAGAAGCUGAACCAUUAAAAGUGCCGCAAGUACACCACAGAGUAUGACAGUCGGUUGGGUGACCCUUGAUGUUGGGGAGCAGGCUUUAGUCUACAAUCAUGAAGGAGUUGCAAGAGUAGAAAAGGGACCUCAAAGGAUCUUUCUGUGGCGAGAACGUUAUGAAGUUCUCAAACGAAAUGCAGCCAACCAGAAUGCCUACCUCAUUGUGAAAUAUAAAGAUGGGCGAGUCGAACACAAGAAAGGACCAUGUGUGAUGUUUACAAAUCCCCUAGAGCAUUAUGGGAUACAGAUUAAGGACAUGAUUUCAUUAGAUGCAAAUGAAGCAUUGGUGAUAUACAGAGAGGACGAAAGUACCAAAGCAGUGACUCGAUACGUUCAGUUUGGGCCCACCCUGGUUAUGCCACAAGCCAACGAAUGGUUCCAUUCCUUCAGUUGGCAUGGGACCGAUCCGAGUAACAAGACACAGUUAAUCCCCAAUGCUAACUUAUUCCAGAAGUUACAAAUCAGUCCGGGCCAGUUUUACUACAAUGUUGAUGAAGUGCGGACUAAAGAUGAUGCACCAAUCAGAAUUAAGCUUAUGGUGUUCUACGAGUUGAAAGAAAUCGAGACGAUGCUGAACUCCACAAAAGACCCGAUAGCAGACAUUAUCAACUGCGUGUGUGCUGAUGUGGUCGCUUUUGCUGCCAAAUACAGCUAUAUUGAGUUUAUGGAGAAAUCAUCAGAACUCAAUGAUCUUGCUAAUUACCCCCAACUCAUGGAGCGCAGCAAGAAGAUUGGGUAUGAGAUCUCCAAAAUGGUGUAUCGUGGUUAUCACGCACAUCCUGAGCUCCAGCGCAUUCAUGAUGCAUCAAUUCAGACCCGAACCAAGCUCAAACUGGCUUAUGAAAAGGAAGAACAACAACAAGACAUGACUGAUCUCAAGCUGAAAAAUGACAGGGAUCGUCUCAAACUUGAACAAACAAUGGAAAUAGAAAGUUUAACCCACAAUCAGAACAUGGAAAAGGCAGCAGUGCAACACAAACUGGCUCUGAAUGUACAAGAAGAGGAGAAAAAGCGAGACCGCUGGACAGAGGAAAAUAUGGCUUCUCUUGAGGCGACGAAAGAGGAUCAAAAACAGCUACUGCAUCAUUAUAGUGAACUACACAAGCUCGGGGUGGAUCUAAACCAGUAUUUACAGUCCGAGACGCAGCACCCACAGAAAGUUGUCUGCAUCACCGCCGCAGAAAAUACAGCGAAUUUUCACCUCCAUCGCAGCUGAACCCUGGGAAUUUAUUCUACAGAGCUGAAUAGGCUAUCUCUGUCAUAAGUCUCCUCAUAUCCAGACAUCGCAGCUGAACCCUGGAAAUCUAUUCACAGAGCCAAAUAGGCUAUCUCUGUCAUAAGUCUCCUUAAUAUCCAGGCCUCCUCAUGUAGUGUUGAAUCUUUGUGUAAAUACCACAACCUCCAGGCGAGGAUUCUCGAAAAAAAAUCGCAAACUUAUGUUUGAAUUUUCUUAUAUUUGAGCUGGAUUUAAAUACACAAGUUUCAACGUAAGUUUUUUUUUUUAGAUCCAGGACAGUACAGGGACAGCAUAGGGAUUCCUAGUUUUAUAGAAGACAGGUCUUCUCAGAAUCACUUUAAUACAUGUGUAAUUAAUCUUUUCAACAUUCGAGCAUUCUCGGGUAGUGUUGAGUUGGGUCUCUUCAAGCCAUGAUGCCUUCGCUAACUAUUAUUUUUCAUCCCUUACAAAUUUAGAGCUGUUUGAAUUUUAAGGGUUGACCUUGAUAUGAGAAAGUUUGAAUUAUUUUCUUGAAUGCUACGGAUAAUUUGUUCUAUUGUAAUACAGGUUAAAAUCUGUAUUUUCCUGAGUGAUUGAACAUUAAAAUAUAUAAACCAUUGUGAAAGUACUUUAGUGCUUAGAGCUUAGAAAGCAAUUAUAAUGAUCUUAAUUUAAGCAAAAUGUUUCAUUCAAAUUGUUAGGCCAUUCUUUACAUACUAAUUUUGACUACAGAUUACUCGAUUUACCUGAUCAAGAUAUAGGACUCAUGGUGGCUGUGACCUGUCAACCGGGGAUGCUUACUCCUCCUAGGCAUCUGAUCCCACCUUUGGUGUGUCCAGGGGUCCGUGUUUGUCUGAUCCCACCUUUGGUGUGUCCAGGGGUCCGUGUUUGUCUGAUCCCACCUUUGGUGUGUCCAGGGGUCCGUGUUUGUCUGAUCCCACCUUUGGUGUGUCCAGGGGUCCGUGUUUGUCUGAUCCCACCUUUGGUGUGUCCAGGGGUCCGUGUUUGUCUGAUCCCACCUUUGGUGUGUCCAGGGGUCCGUGUUUGUCUGAUCCCACCCUUGGUGUGUCCAGGGAUCCGUGUUUGUCUGAUCCCACCUUUGGUGUGUCCAGGAGUCCGUGUUUGUCUGAUCCCACCUUUGGUGUGUCCAGGGGUCCGUGUUUGUCUGAUCCCACCUCUGGUGUGUCCAGGGGUCCGUGUUUGUCUAAUCCCACCUUUGGUGUGUCCAGGGGUCCGUGUUUGCCCUGUUCUCGAUUUUGUAGUGUUUAUAGGAUUCAUGAGAUUGAUGAUCAGUGAUUGUUAUCUUCACCUUUGUCAGUAAAAAAUACUGGUGAAAUUCAGUAGAUUAAGGGUUCUCCAGUUCUGGACAAGUCCAAACAAAUUAAUGCCCAUACAGACAUAACAUGUGUCAGCACAUGAUUAAUUAUGUUUGACGAGAUUUAAUUGAUGCAUAAACUAUGUAAAAUCACAUAGGUACAUUAAACUUACCAUUUGAGAUUAUCAGAUUUAUUACUUAGGGCCUCUAAAGACAAUCUCAUACAUGUUUUUUUGUUUUCAUUUUUUUUUUUUUUUUUUAAUACAUUUUAUGGUAUUAGUCAUAUUGUUGUAUUUUUUGCUUAUACAGUUUACUCUUGAAUUAUUGCAAAUCAGUUCAUUGCAAUUUUCAUUAUAAUGCCACAGUUUGUUAAGAAUUAAAACACCAAAUUCGCUAUCGCCAUUUGUGUCAUGGUGUUUUUAUUACAAAAGUUUAUUUCAAAGUGUUAAGUAUCUCGAUAAAUCACCAUGGGUGCUUGCGGUCAAUGACGUGGAAAAUUGGUCAUUAUCGAUCUCCAUGUACGCACGGGCAGACAGGAUCCUAGUUAUUAAAUACACAAGAAAAUGUUAUUUUUACAUCGUAGAAAAAUAUCUCAGCUUAGCGAUGGCUUCGCCAUGAAAAACGUUUCUGUUGAAUUUCAAAGAAAAAUAUUACAUACCACCAUGACCAUGGAAAUCAUCCAAAAUGUACACAACAGGAAAGGGGUUUUCAGUUACAUUGGACUUUAUAGUAAAGUAAUAUGUGAAGUGUUGAUUCUGUGUAAAUGUGGAGUAAAUCAAGAAAACGUCAAAUGGUCAGGACUGAUGUGUUCCUUGGACAUUUUCCUGUAAUUUAUAUGAAACUUUUAUCAAUGUGCAAAUAAUACAAUUUACCAUGUGCAGCGUAUUUCAUUCCCACGAUUUCUCAACUGAGUCCAAAACUGUGGGGAAAAUUUAUAUGGAGUUAUAUUGGGAGAGGUAAUAUAUUUCAAAUUUUUAACAUCUUAGAAAAUUUACAACUCCAUAAUUUUUAUAGGAAUUUUAUAUUUAUACUUAUUACAACUAAACUAGACAAAAUAAAUGUCAAAUCAUGCAUUCAUUUUUUAUUUUUUUUGUAUUGAGUUUUGAUAUUAAAUAUUUUAUGUUUAUUUUUUUUAAAACUAAUACAUACAUGUUAAUGUUAUUUAGUAUAUUAUCAUAUGUGCAUACAAUGUAAUAUUAUUACAUGAGUGUAGAUGUCAGGUCUCUCAUUAAGGAGGAAUAACACAGAAAAAUUUGAUAUGGAUGAAAAAUGAAGAAAAUGCACAAUAUUACAUGUAUUUUGAAAUUGAAAACUUUUAAAUUUACUUUAUUUAGUCAAAAAAUGCAGGUUUAGUUGAAAGUAAUCUGAAAAAAGUUUAAAACCCCUGCAGGAUUCGAACCCGCGAUCUAUUGAGCUACUCAGCUAGGCAAUUAAAUCUUAAAGGAAUAGACAAAUAUUGCUGAUAUUUAUAUUUUCCUUCAUAUUUUAAAUGGAAGUCAGCCAUGACGACAUGAUGUAAGGUACCUCCUUAACAAUCCAGCUCAUUAAUUCAGAUGAUAGGAAUGUGAUACUUUUGUGCAGUGGUUGACUCUUAAUUAUGCUGCGCUUGUUGCAAGAGUAAGUCCGUUGAAUAAUAUUUCUGAAGAUGAAAUAAUGUUGCAGGGAAAUUGCAGACUUUCAGUAUACAUGUUUAAACAUUUUUGUAUCGCAUUGUAUUGUAUAUUAUUGUAAUGUCAUGCAACCUCUUCAUCCCACAAUUUAUUGUUUAUUUUUCAGACUUUCGGUCAGUAAAAAAAAUAUAACAACAUGUAAGUUUGCAAGUACACUGUACAUGUCAUGGCUAAGAUAGUAUUACCAUAUUUUAGUCUGUAUUUAUGCCUUCAUUGAAAUUUUUUUUGAGGCAUGUAGACAAUCAAUGUAGACAAAAUGUAAGAUAAAUCUGAUUAAAAUCAGAUCCUAUGAUCCGCUCAUGUAGAUAGCUACACUAGUCUAAGUGUAGUGUGCUCAUGUAGAUAGCUACACUAGUCUAAGUGUAGUGUACUCAUGUAGAUAGCUACACUAGUUUAAGUGUAGUGUACUCAUGUAGAUAGGUACACUAGUCUAAGUGUAGUGUGCUCAUGUAUAUAGCUACACUAGUCUAAGUGUAGUGUACUAGUCUAAGUGUAGUGUACUCAUGUAGAUAGCUACACUAGUCUAAGUGUAGUGUACUCAUGUAGAUAGCUAAACUAGUCUAAGUGUAGUGUGCUCAUGUAGAUAGCUACACUAGUCUAAGUGUAGUGUAUUGAUCUACAUGAGCACUACACUAGUGUAGCAAUCUUCGUGAGCGGAUCAUAGGUUCUGAUUUUAAUCAGAUUGAAUGUAAUAUUUGAUGGCGUUUGAAGGUCAUAGGAUAGCCAAGAUUUGGGACGCGUCAAAUGAAGUAGAAUUUUGCUGUAUGUGUUUAGGUGGGAUUUUCUAUUAUUUGAUCAAACAACAAUGUAAAUUGGUCAUUAAUGCAUGAAAUGCACCAAUAAAAAGAUGUAUUUUUGAACAAUUUCAAGUUUGGGUAAUGCUUUUCCAUUGAAUUUUCAAGUAAAGAUUUGUGAAUAAUGCAAAAAUAAAGGUGGUUUCAUAGUAAAUUUUGUGGCAAAUAUGGGUGUUUAGCAAUAUUUACAAAUAGUUUUACAAAAUUCUGUAAUUUAUUUUUUUUUUUUGGUUAGGUAUCCUAUGUCUGUAAGUUUGAUGCCGCUUACAUAUAUGUAUAUUUUCACACAAAUAUUAAUCAGGGCUGGAAUCUGAAUGCAAUGCAGCUCUGAACAAGUGAAAUGGAAUAAGGGGUCAUUUAAAAUGGGGCAAAAUUGUAUUCCAAUUUCCAGGGCUCAAAUCAUACAGGACCCAAAUUAGUAGACAUUGUUCGUGCUGAAAAUAAAUUGAUGAACAAGCUAAACCAGGAAAAUCUACACAACGAAAUUCUCUAAAUAUCCAGGAAAAUCUACAAAGCCUGUUUCCUGUUUGUUUAUAAUACAUUUCAUAUGAAUUGUUUAUAUAUUAGACCCAAAUAUUAUGAUGACUUUCACUACUACCGGUAUUUCCAUGUGUUUAUUUUGUAUUUUAUUCUCUUUGUAUUUAUAUUCUUUUUCUGUGAUCAUUUAUUGUAAAUCUUUUACUUUAUGUUAUACCGCAUCAUUUUUUAUUAAUUUUAAAUAAAUCAUGUUAAAUUUACAAA